AUGCGGUGCGCGAGCAAGGCCGCCGAGAGCGCGUCCGCACGUCUCUGUGCGGACGCCGAAGCAGAAACCGCUGCAACCUAUGUGUCAUCGGUUGCUAAAGCGUCUCAGCCUGUAUCACUUUGUGAUGCAGGCGCUGGUCAUGAAGACACUCAUGUCUUCACAGAGUAUAAGCUCGGUGUCUCAUACUCUUUUGACACUGAAGAGGGAUCUGCAUCGACGGCGAUCGAAUCCAAGCCGCCUGCCAAGCGUGGUAUGGAUGAUGCUACGCGUCGUAGCAUCUUUGGUUCAUCUGAUGAAUCAGAUGAACCAUCGCCGAAGCGAAGGCGCUCAUAG